CUUCAGGAGCUGGCACACAUUUUCAUGACCACCAAUCCAGCUAAGGUCUCCCAGAUGCUUGGAUGAUACAGCCCUGGAUCCUGGGGGCAGAGGGAGGCAGAGUGUGGGGGAGAGUUUGCAGGGAUGCUUAAUAUUCAGGUCACGUGACCAUGGUAGCGGCGGCGGCGGCGGCACUAGCAGCAGUACCAUCCCCGCUUAUCUGAAAUAUCCAUUGGAGAAGAAAAAGGAGAGCGAGAAAGAGAGGGGGGAGGGAGGGAGGAAAGGCAGAGAGAGAGAGGGAGAGGGAGAGGGAAGGGCAGAGAGAAUAUCAGAAUUCAGAGGCAGCCUUUUGGGCACAGGGAAGUAAGGAGAAACCCCACCCCGAAGGACCGUAUCCAGAAACAAAGGAAGAUUCAUGUUCAAAGGGCCAGCAGAUACCAAGCCUGAAACAACCAUGUCUGAGCUCGUGCCAGAGCCCCGGCAGAAGCCAGCAGUACCGAUGAAACCUGUUGGUAUUAAUUCUAACCUGCUGGGCUACAUUGGGAUCGAUACCAUCAUAGAACAAAUGCGCAAGAAGACCAUGAAAACUGGAUUUGACUUCAACAUCAUGGUUGUAGGCCAAAGUGGGCUGGGAAAAUCAACACUCGUGAACACACUUUUCAAAUCCCAAGUGAGCCGGAAAUCUUCGGGCUGGAACCGUGAAGAGAAGAUCCCCAAGACUGUGGAAAUCAAGGCUAUUGGGCAUGUUAUUGAAGAAGGAGGUGUCAAAAUGAAAUUGACAGUUAUUGACACUCCUGGAUUUGGUGACCAGAUCAACAAUGAAAAUUGCUGGGAGCCCAUUGAGAAAUAUAUCAAUGAGCAAUAUGAGAAGUUCCUGAAGGAGGAGGUGAAUAUUGCAAGGAAGAAACGAAUCCCAGACACAAGAGUCCAUUGUUGCCUCUACUUUAUUUCUCCCACAGGUCACUCCUUGCGACCUCUGGAUAUGGAAUUCAUGAAACACUUGAGCAAAGUAGUAAACAUCAUCCCUGUUAUUGCCAAGGCAGACACCAUGACACUGGAGGAAAAGAUUGAGUUCAAACAAAGGGUUCGCAAAGAACUAGAAGUCAAUGGAAUUGAGUUUUACCCCCAGAAAGAGUUUGAUGAGGAUCUUGAGGAUAAGACAGAGAAUGACAAGAUCAGGCAGGAAAGUAUGCCAUUUGCAGUGGUGGGCAGUGACAAGGAAUAUCAAGUGAAUGGGAAAAGAGUCCUGGGCAGGAAGACACCAUGGGGAGUCAUUGAAGUGGAAAAUCUCAAUCACUGUGAAUUUGCCCUACUCCGAGACUUCGUCAUUAGGACCCACCUUCAAGACCUAAAAGAAGUUACACACAACAUCCACUAUGAAACUUACAGGGCUAAACGACUGAAUGACAAUGGAGGACUCCCCCCAGUGACUGUAGAGACAGAAGAAAACCAUGAAAGUAACCUGUGAAUGACCCAUCUGGUCUUGCUGUUAUCUGACAUCUCUGAAUUAUAACCACUACUAUCACCCCAUCCCUUGAUUUGAAUUCAAGCCUCUCUUUGAAGCAUGUGGAAUAUCCUUUGUGUGUGCAUAUGGGGGAAAACCAGGGACAUAGCCCCAACUUCCUCAAAUGUUCCCAUACUGUUGUUUGUUUGUUUUUAAUUUAAAUUUUGUAUUUUGCACAGCGGACUCUAGUCUUCCAUUGUCACAUAUUUCAAGAUUCAGCUGUGGAUCCUGAUCGUGGGGAAUUUUGAAAGGAAGUCUGGAAGUGGUGUGGGGUCACGUGGAGUGCCUCCAAGGGAGGAAAAAACAAAACAAAACACUGGAGAUCCAUGUAAGGAAGUUGUAAGCAUUAAUGGUGGCAUCAUAGAGCCAUGCUUUGGUGUAUGUUUGACAGGUAUGGAAGAGGUUGGGUGGUUCUUCACCUGUGGUAUCAUAGGUUCACCACUUAAUAUGGAAGCAGGAAAAAUGGACUUAGACUUGGAUCAUAAGCACACUUAUGUGGAAGUAAGGUCCAGGGAAAUCAGUGGGAGGGAUUUGUUGCCAAAUAAAUGUGUUUAGAAUCAAAGUGCCAUGGUGGAAAAGACAGACUGGAUUUUGGCCAAUGUUUGCCAUGGGUGGUGCUGCUUAGAGGCAAAUUUAUAGAAAGACAGCUAAGAGUUUGGAUUUCAUUUGGAAAUGUUAAUUUGUUUCGCGGUGGGGGCAUUUUAUAGAGAGGAACCCCUUUCAAAUUGUGAUACAAAGAAUUUUUGAUAGGUGCAAAUAUCAUCUUUAGGUUGCCAUUACACAUCUCAGAUGUCUUGGUCCUGUGUGACCCUUAACAUUGUCAGACAUAUGUUUCAACAGGAACAUAAUUGCAACAAUCCCAUUUGGGUUGCUGUAGGAGCUGGAAACAGCAAGAACACAUGUCCCACUUGUGCCUUUUCUCCCUCCAACCCACUGACUAUGAGAGGGCAGCUUUCUGCUAAGCAGAGAGUAUCUUAAACUGGGAAUAUUUCCCAGAAGAUGCCCCAAUCUAUUGCGCAUUCAGAGGUCAAACAGGAUAGAGUUGACAAAGGAACAAAGUACUUGGGCAGGGCAUGCUUUCCUUUGAUCUCUAUAGUGAGGCAUUCUUAUUGUGGUUCUACUUGUCCAGGACACCAUUUGUUUGUACCAGGUGUGCUGCCAAUUGCAAAACAGAUCUUCUGAUAUGGAGUCUGACAGCACAUGAAAAUAUUAGCUUUUAUUUCCUAAGCAAAGAGCAAGUGCCUCACCUUCAUGGCUAUGGAGAAAACAGUUUAAAGGUGUAUGAGUAUCUCUACUUGAAGACCUGAAAAGCAGAGGUGGUUUGUGUGGAAGUUCUAGUGGUUAGGAGGACUUUAUGGCCCUAUACCAGUCCCAAACUGUCCUUGCCCCACCCUCACUCUGUUAUUUCAUACUGCCUUCCAAUGUGCCAUAAGUACCAAUUAGUAUUGUCAAUUCUUUCAGAUAAAAAGUCAGCCUUGCUCAUUCUAAUUAGCUACUUUGACUUUGUUUUUAAGAACAAUUAGGAAAUAUAUUUAAGAUAUAAAACAAAAUUCCUCUAUGCAAAUUCAAUUUUUCAUUCUGUCCAAUUUAAUAUACUUUUAAAUGGUGUCCCAUAUUCCUCCAAGUAGAACCAAAUUGUCUAAUAAUAAUAUGAGAUACAAUAUAUAGUCAUAGGAACAGAACAAAACCUGCUGCCACCAUCACAAUAUAAUCUAUUAUUACCUCUUAGUCACAAUUGCAAGUUACUAAAGAACACUAAAAGCAAAUUUAAACAGAAAAGCUUUACAGAUUUCCAAAAGCAUGGAGAUUUGGGCACUGGAGGGCCUCCUUGGGGAGGGAAUGCAAUAAAACUGGGGUCAUUACAGAGAAAGGCUCAUUGCAUACCUUUCUUGGUUUCACAGAUGGAAAAGAUACAAUCUGAAACAGGCUUCUUCAAAUGAUCUUAAUAUAUGGGAACUGCCAUAUUGGGAAAGGCGCCCCAUAAGCUAUUAUAGCUGAUAAGAGAGAGAGGGGGAGGGAGGGAGAUGAAAAUUGGGAAUUGCUUCUUGGAAACUGGAAAGGAAAGUGAAUGCAAAAUCCCAUAACCAUUUUGAACACUGUUACUCUUUUGUGGUGGCUCCUGAAAGAGCAAAGACUGUGGAUGCUCUGAAACCCUUCCAUGUAAUUUUUCCACUGCAGGGAAUGUUCACUUUUGGAGCCUUGGGCAGCAUCAGAAGUGGGCACCAUAGCAAUAUGUGUUUAAAAUGAUAUAAUUAAUUUAAGAAGAAACACUUUGAUCCACAGAACUUUGUGCCAUGACCUCUCUGCUUAGUCCCAUGCUAAUUAAUCAUUCUCCUUUACACAAACAAAACUAUAUAUGAUACCCAUGCCAUUUCCUCAUUUAGGUGAUUGUUAGCUGACUAUAUAUUUUAUUGAAAGACCCACUCUGGCAUGAGGAUGAGGGUGACAACUUCUGUCUUGGUCCAUACAGUGGUGAUGCUGGAUGUUAGCAUACAACUUCUAUUGUAUGAUGAGCCAAGAGACCCAAGUCUUUAUAGCUCAGGCAAAUAUGACAGUUUGCUAAUGUCUAUAUUGCAUUACAUUGCCACAAUGCUAGAAUCAUAGGACUGGGGGCAAAUGAUCCAACUCUUCAGUGUGGGUUACACAAGAUCUGUCUGUUUUCAGUGCAGGCCUAGUCAAUGAAGCAUGAGUUUGCCUCACGUUGGACAGGCCACAGAUUAUUUCUGUGCAGAAAUAACAAUACCUUAUUUCUUCCUCUCUCUAGUGUAGCCAUUUAGAGGUCAGUGAGAACAGCCAGUUUGAACAUAUCUGAUCAAACCUAGUUUAAGUCAAAGAUUAAAAGAGCUUAGUAAUCUUUCCCUGGCUCUGAGGGGAUUUUUGUGAACGUUGUCAGAUUGGCAGCCUUCCACAGCCCUGCAAGAACAAGACAUAAUUGCAUGGCCUUUCUGAGAAGCAUGGAUAAAGCUGGGAGAAUCAUCUGUCAUUGAAAUAGCUAGUUGGAAGCAAUGCAUGUUUUUGUACAGGGCCCUAUGAAAGAACACUUUAUAGAAGGGUUGCUAUAGUAAUUAUAAGGUUAUAAAACAACAGAAGAAAGGAAAACUGGCAUAUAAGACUUGAAUAUAAUAUCAGAAGUGUGUGAGGCCGGAGUGGAGAUUAGAACAAUAGGCAAAGGAGAGAAUGGAUGUCCUUUGGCAGAGGUACAUCAGAGAUGAAUGCAUUGUGGCUGUGAUUUUAGCUCCUAUAUUUGUGCGUAGCCCACUUCAGUAUCUUGUAUGUUUGCCAAUAUAACAUCAUUAUUGUCAGGCACAGGAUGUUAUCUCUAACAGCAUUGCUUAUUUCUGUCUGUCUAUAUCUGCUCUUUUUAGCUUUGCUGGAGGCUGAGCAGAGGAAACCUAGUAAACAGAUCCUACUGCCCUGUAUCAGCAUUAUCCUGCCUAAGAUACAGGCAAAGCCUCAACAAUGGUACUUGAAUCCAUGCAUAUCAGUUGGACUCCACCCACAUGCAAGCAGAAGUUCUCAUCCAAAUCCCUAUGCAUCCUUCUGUCUUACUUGUAACUGCGCUACAAUGCUUCAAGUGUCCAUCCCAGUCUCUCUCCUAUUAGCUCUCUCCUAUUAACUUAAGGUGCAUAGGCCUUUUUGUAGCAAACUGGUCUGACCAGAUAUAUCAGCAUUUUCUGUGCUGGAUUAUGCUCAUAUUUCCAUCUUGUCACCCCCCAACCAGUUAAUCGUAUCAAGACUAUUUCACAGCCAGCAGUUCCUCAUCCUCUUCUGAAUGGGGCAAUACAUAGGGCUGGUACACAUUGCAAACCUGGAGAGCCACUUAAAAUAAUUUAACAUGAUGUAAAGUUGAGACCAACAUUUUGCCUAAAGUGAAAUUCAAAGCAAACGUUGGGGUUCCUUCACAGUAAAUAAUCACGGGAAUUUUAAGGGAAGUCAAAAGAUUAUCAUCAUUUAUGAUUGAUUAAAGCACCUAAUAUAGAUAUUAGGUACUGUCCAAAAAUAAUGUGAAGAGGUCCCUGCAGGGGUGUAACUAUAAUAGGGCAAGGGGAGACAGUUGUCUGGGGGCCCACUGCCUUGGGGGGCUCCCCAGAGGCAAGUCACAUGACUGACUCCCCCAGUCGUGCACCCGCCCGGGCUUCCUUCAGUUGUAUUCAUCCUCCGAAAUUGAUGUGAGUGUUAAGACCUGGAGCUACCAGAACAGCAUGUCUUUCUCUAGUACCAUUAAAUGAUUUGCAUCGUCCACAAUUUACAAAACCUUUUGAAAAAUAAUUUAGGAUGAUGUUCUAUUGUGGCACAUAACAAAAAGCAAUAGUGGUAACAAAAAGCAUAGUUGCUGCGCCCCUGGGUCCUUGCUUGCAAGUUCAUAAUCUAAAAGGACAAAAGGAGAGGGGAUUUGGAGCAGGGUGGAAUGGAAACUUUGCACUACUUAUAUAAAAAGAAAAGAAAGCAAAAAGAGUUAAAGCAAAAUGUAUACAAUAAUUAACCCACAAUUAGAAAAUUAAUCAAACACAUCAAAUAGAACAUCAGAAAGGAAAUACAAGAGAGAAAAGAUGCAUUUUAAAUCAUUUCUUGAAGUAGGACAAAGAGGAAGUUGUUGAAUAGCUAAAGGGGGAAAGUUCCAUGCAUAAGGAGCCAAGAGAGAUAAAGCAUGGAGAUGAGAAAGAAUGCAAGAGAGAGGACUAAGAAGAUUAGUAUUUGAUGAAUGGAGGAAAUAUUUCCGGAAGACUGGUGAAAUUUUCUAGGAGGCUUUCACAUAUCCCUAGCUGUUGUUGUCAAAUUUUGCCUAAAGUGAAAUUCAAAAGUAAUUUGGAGGGAAUCUCCUCAGGUGAAGCACUGAGGAGAUUCCAAGAGCCAACAGAGUUAUAAAUCAGGCAAACAUUUUUGGGAUGUGUGUCAUACAUCUUCAUGUGGCUAUGUAUGUCACCAUCAUAUCCCUAUUUAGACAUUAUGUUGUAUGUGCAAACUGAUGUCUGUGCACAUAUACAUUGUUUAUGUGAAUGAUUGUACACAUGUUCAUGUUAAAAGUGAAUCUUGGUUCAGACGCUGUCAAAUGCAGAAUACAGAUAGGAAAAGUACUGCUGUACAUGUGUUGAACAUAACAUGUGAAUGUACAUGUUCAGGGCUGCUCAACUUCGGCCUUCCUGCAGAUGUUGGCCUACAAUUCCCAUAAUCCCUGGCUAUUGGCCACUGAGGCUGGGGAUUAUGGGAGUUGUAGUUCAAAAACAGCUGUCAGGCCUCAACUGAGGAGGCCUGAAUUGUAUACAGAUCUGUAUGUGUGUACAUUGUACACAGUUGGUAUGUAUAUUGAACAUAAUGUGUUAAUACGGCUCAUGUGAACUGUUUGUGUGACUAAGUAAAGUCUAUUCAGACAUUAGGUUGUACAGUACAUGUGUAGAGGUAUCUGUACACAUGUACACAUUUUUCUGUGAAUCACUGCACAUGUGUUCAUUUUUAAAGUGAACCUGGAUACAGGAACCCUCAAAGGCAGGGUACAGAUAGAAUCGGACUAGUGUGUGUGCACUGAACCUAAUUUGUGAAUACAUGUAUACAGAUUGUAUGUAUGUUGAACAUAACAUGUGUAAAUAGGGCUCAAGUGGAUUGGCAACUUUCUCCAUGAGCGUUUGGAGACAUUUGCAGUACGGAGGAAACUGGCAAAUUCACAUGAUGAGCUGCUGCGCUCUAAUAGCCCACCAUGUGAUGAAAGCUGCCAUGUGAAGCAGUUUAAAGCAGCUUGGCCUCCACUUGGGAGCUGUAACAUGCUUACCGGCCCAUAGUGGGACUGCAAGAAUUCAAGUCUAUCCAAGGCUACAAAAGCCAUAAAUACUUAUCCAUUUAAGCCAUUUUCAUUUCAGAGCUGAAGCAAAAUUGGACUGAUGAGUCCAUAACAGUAAGCCCACUUCUUCAGAUAGCAUCAUUCACCGACAAGAAGCAGAGCAAGAUAUAUAAGGCAUUGAUGCUAUUGUCUAAUGAAGGUGUGUAGUAUCGCAGCCCACUCAUGCAAAGAAGAGUUUCUUAAUGCUGUAACUUUAACUAUAGGGCUGUGUUUCCCUUAGAUUAUCCAUGGAAGCAGUGAGUUUGAGGAUAAAGAUUGUUCUUUUUGAUGUAGGAAGUUUGGUCCGUUCAGGGGAUCCAAAACUGAAGGGGUCUUGAUGGAUUGUAUUUCUGCUGAACAAUUUAUAUCUGCAUCAUUCUAAACAGUAAAAUGUACUUAUUGGUUACUUUAUCCCCAGCCAUAGCAUUUGAUUUAAAAUUCCAUGCUUAUGCUGACUUCCAUUAGAGAGGUUUCCAUCAAUAUUAUAGUCAACUAAGUUUGCAUGAUCUUGUCAAAGCAAUCCAUGAUGGUGAAAAGCAAAGAUCUGCAGUCAUGCCUUCUCUGUGUAGACUUCUGCCUUUCUGGAUCCAAGCCAACAGUGGGAGCUGCAAAUGUUCACAGACUCCAGCAGCAACCAAAGUAAUGCACUAUUAUGAAAUUGUCUUUUUCUCCAUUCUUCUUUUCAAUUCUAGCAUCACCGAUGACACCUAAGGAGCCCUUUGUUGAUUACUAAUAUGAUGACUACUGUUUUAACAAUUAUACAGUACCAAUAGUUUGGUAAGAUGUUAAAUGCCCCUUGACAUUAAUUUUGGCUUUCCUCUUUUCCCCUCCUUUUUUGAUACUACGUACAGAUCUGUAUCAUAUUGUCAGAAAAAGAAGUCAAUAAACUGAGACAUGGGGCACAAAGAGCUCAUACUGUAGUGUCUGAAAGAAAACCCCACAUUGUUAUCGUGCAUAUAGAGAUGUUAUCUAAAGCAUUUUGGAAAUGUAGAACCCUCUUGGAAGAAAGUUAAUGGACACUGGUAGAUUACAAUAAGUUAAUGCAGAGCAACAAAUACCAUAUUUAUCUGAGUCCAAGGCUAGUCCCCCGCCCCCAGUUCUUUGAUGUUAGAAAUGGGGGUGGGGGUGUCAUCUUAAAUUCAGAGUCUUCUUUUAGGGUAAAUACAAGUAUAACCUGUAUGUCACUUUUAUAUUUUAAGGGGGUCAUCUUGAAUUCAGGGUAAUCUUCUAUUUGGGUAAAUACAGUACAAGCAUAAGUGAAUGAAUGAAAUCUAGAUCCUCCUGGUACCUCCAGCCCAAGAGAGUACCACAAUGAAGUCCUCUUGUUAUCUCUCUAGCCCUGAAUGAAAAAGAUGACAAAAAGACAAGUACCAGUGAUGUAAAUGUUGCUAGACUUAACUUUCUAUCUGUGUUCUGUUGUCUGAUUAAAGAAAACAUCAUUUGA